UAGGGAAGGCCUGAGUUUUAUGUGUCCGCAGACGCUUGACCCUUAGCUGCUGCUUGCUUUGGUUUCCUUAUCUGUGUUGUGAGACGUAAUGAGAUGAUCAUUGCAAACUGCUUAGCUCAGUAUCUGGUUAAAAAUUAAAAACUCAGAGAAGAUUCAAGGUGGAAAAGAAUCCUGAGCACAAAGACCAUUCUACUCAACAACAUGAAACUAGUUCAUUAUCUCCUCUUACUUUUCUGUGUUGGCUUAAGUUUUUGUAAAACUCUGCAUUCUCUAGUUCAAGAGGAUCUUCUAGAUGAAAAAUGCUUAAAAGAAAAAUACACACAUCAAUCUUGUGAAAAAGUCUUCUGCCACCCGUGGGAAAAAUGUAUUGAUGGAAGUUGUAUUUGCAAACUUCCUUACCAGUGUCCAAAGGCUGUUAUGUUGGUGUGUGCAACUACUGGAAAAACCUAUAAUAAUUACUGUCAGCUAAAGAGUCACGAAUGCAUUUAUCCAAAAACAAAGUUUUUAACGAAUGGAACUUGCCAUGGUCAAGGCCAAUUUGAUCUUUAUUUGAAAUAUGGAAAUACAGAGUCGGAGGGACUUGUUGAAGUAAAACUUGGGAAUGCUACAGCAUUCAUAUGUAAAAAAAAUUGGACCAUAACUGAAGCAAAUGUGGCGUGUUUCUAUCGUGGGUUUAAAGGAGGAGCUGUUGAUUAUAAGAAAACAUUUAAUUUCCCUGGUGAUGUUGAUGUCAGGAUCACUGAAUGUUUGGAAGCAAAUUGUAGAGGAUUGGAGACUACUUUGGCAGAAUGUGUUUUAACAAAAAGGAAGGCUAAUAGCAAAGAUUUGGCUGGUGUGGUGUGUCACACGCAGGAAGCAGCUCUCCUCAAUGAUGAUUCAUUCCAGUGUGUCAAUGGGAAGUACAUUCCACAGGAGAAAACUUGUGAUGGUAUCAAUGAUUGUGGAGACCAAAGUGAUGAGCUGUGUUGUAAAGGAUGCAGAAGUGGUUUCCUUUGUAAAUCAGGUGUUUGUAUUCCAAAAAAAUAUCAAUGUAAUGGCGAAUUGGACUGCAUUGGAGGAGAUGAUGAAAUGAAUUGUGAAGAAACUGGAAAUUCUGAACAUGAAGUCCAAGAACAAGCUGAAAGAUUGAGUGCUAAUACAGAUGAAGACAGAAAAUUACUGAAGUCUCUUUUACCCAAACUAAGCUGUGGCGUUAGAAACACCACACACACUCGAAGGAAACGAAUUGUAGGAGGAAAGAUUGCAACUCAGGGGCAAUUCCCAUGGCAAGUGGCAAUUAAAGAAGGUGAAAAACUCCACUGUGGAGGAAUCUAUAUUGGUGGAUGUUGGGUACUGACUGCUGCCCAUUGUGUCAGAAAAAAUGUAGCACAUCGGUACCAAAUAUGGACAGGAUUACUAGACUGGAUAAAAAUUAACAAUGGAACUGGAAUAAGGAGGGUAAAUCGUGUGAUAAUCCAUGAACAAUACAGUGGAACCACCUAUCAAAACGACAUUGCUUUGAUAGAAAUGAAAAAACACCCAACCAAGACCACAUGUGAGCUAGAGAAUACCACCCCUGCUUGUGUCCCCUGGUCCAAAUAUCUCUUCAAACCUGGUGAUAAGUGCUUUAUUUCUGGCUUAGGACAAAAUGAAGGAAUAAAAAAUAUAUAUAAGCUCAAAUGGGGUGAAGUCAAGCUGAUAGACAACUGUUCUCAAUAUUACUCACAUCGCUUCUUUGAGAAGGAAAUGGAAUGUGCAGGAACAGAUGAUGGUUCUAUAGAUGCCUGUAAAGGGGAUUCUGGAGGGCCCUUAGUCUGUAUGGAUUCCAACGAUGUGUUUUAUGUUUGGGGCAUUGUGAGCUGGGGUGAAAAUUGUGGAAAACCUGAAUUCCCUGGUGUUUAUACCAAAGUGUCCAACUAUUUUGACUGGAUUAGUCAUCAUGUGGGAAGAUCUCUUAUUGCUCAAUACAAUGUAUGAUGGUGUUGAUUCCUUUUUCUUUCCUAUUACAGUCAGAAUUCCCACUUUAACCUAAAUAAGACAAUAUAUAAUUAUUAACUUUUAAAGACAAAAAAGCUUUCAAAAACCACAAAAAACAUUUCAAACUAGUGUUUUAUCAUUAUUUUUUCUGUUCCUUAUAAGAUGUGUGCCUAAAUAAAUUCUAUUCUUAAAGCAUACUGUAAAGUUCUCAAAAUAAA